CAGUGCUAUUCACUGAGUCACUGUGUCGCCCAAAUAAACGUCAUUAGAAAAAUAAAAUCUGACUUUUUUUGUUUGUUUAUAAACCAAAAUUGAACAAAAGGAACAUUAAAAAGUAGAUGAAGGAAGAGGGAAGUAGUCCAAAUCCCUGGCGCGCUCUCGCUCUUUUAGCGCGCGCUCAUCAUCAUCAUCAUCAUCACACCUGUAGCUCUACCUGCGCAGGUUCCGCUCACCUGCGCCAGAAAACACCUCGAGCGCCACACAACAACAUGAGCUGAUUCUCCAGCCCCGAAACCAGCCGAACAAUGAGCGCUCCAUGGGUCCUGCUGUGGAUUCUGGGUCUGAUCCGCUCUGCGCACUCCAGCUGCUCUCCGACAUCGUAUUAUAAGAGCUGCUGGAUCCGCAGAUUUCCAGGACUUUAUGUGGACACAGAGGAGUCUCAGCGCAGAGGAGCUCAAAUACUGAGGGUUUACCAGGAGGAAACUGCAGUCAAAUGCAGCAGGGCAUGCUGUCUUACGCCAAACUUCUCCUGCAACCUGGCUGUGUUUCAUUUCAACACCACUCAGGACAGCGUGAACUGCUUCCAUCUGCAGUGUCCCACCCUUGAAAGCUGCAUUCCUCACCACAGAGGAAAUGUCAUCCUCUAUAAUGUCACUAAAGGUGUGGAUCCAGACUUGCUUGUGUUUGGGAAGCACUUCACCACCAACGUGCGUGUGCUGCCUCACAUGUCGUCUGCACGGCUCAACAUUUCAGAGCCGCUGACCUCUGAUAAACGGCAGUUCAACUACCCACCCAACCCUCCAGUUCAUUCCACCAGUACGAAAAUGCCUACAAGCCCUCAUAAAACAACUCGCGCUGUUAGUACAACACAUGAAGUUCAGCGCAGCCUCCCUCAAUGUACUACAAUACCAACUACAACUGCUCAAAGCUCACAAGAACAUACGUCACAGCCUAAAAUGGACUCUACACUCAAUCCCCAACAGGUGACGUCUGCACCCUAUUGGGGAUCAACAAACCUGAAUCUCACUAAACAAAUAAGUGAACCUGAUACAAGUGUGGACCCUUUAAACCAAAGCAUCCCAAAUUCUUCAUCGGUAUACACUUCACCCCAUCCAAGCUCUACAACUGAUUACCUUGACUCUAAUUUGACGUCCAUCCCAAUCGACGAACAUACAAGUUCCUCAGAAAUCCAACAGCCCUUGGGAUUACAAACUUCUACCAUGCAGACUACAACAUCUUUGGUUUCGGCUUCAAAUGUCUUUACAAGGACCCAACAACCUCUAACCCGAACUACAGAGCAAGCUAUCUUGCAAACUACGACGUUAGAAGAGUAUCUACAAACUUUAGCGUCAACAACUGUAUCUAAAAGCUACACAACCACUUCAACAGCUUCAACCUCUGCAUACGAGACAGUACAAUCUACAAAUUCCCAAAGCAUAUCAGAGCGAUUAAUAGCAACUUUGUCGCAGCUUAAAACGGAUUCUUCACUCAGUUCCCAACAAAGAACUAACACGCCUCAAGGUGCAUCCUCAAAAACCCUAACUUCUACAAACAUGCCUUUGGAAACCUCAACCAAAAUUACAUCUGCAUAUACAACAAUACCAGUUACAACUUCUCAAGGAAUGUCAGAACAUACAUACAAUCCCAUACAAACAUCAACCCAAAUGAACUCUGCAUAUACAAGAAGGCAAGUUACAACUGUGCAAAGCAUGUCAGAACAUCUUACCCCAACUACAUCACAACUAACAAUGGACUCUACACGAAAUCCCCAAUGGACAACAAGCAUGCAAAGGAUGCCAACCACAAAACCAAUAACUUCGACAAACGUUCCCAUACAAACCUCAACCCAGAUUUCCUCUGCACAUCUGGAAAUACAAGUUACAACUACUCAAAGUCAGUCAGAACAUAUGUCAACUACAUCACAACUAAAAAAGGACUCUACACCCAAUACCCAGUGGACGACUACCAUGCAACAGUUGCCAACUGCAAAGUCAAUAACACCCAUACAAACAUCAAUUCAAAUAACCUCUGCCGAUACAAGGCAAGUUACAACUUCUCAAAGAAUGUCAGAACACGUUACGCCAACUACGUCACAAUUAAAAGUAGACUCUGCACUCAAUCCCCAAUGGACGACUACCAUGCAACAGUCGCCAACGGAAAAACCAAUAACUUCAACAAACAUUCCUAAACAAACAUCAAUCCAAAAGAACUCUGCACAUCCGACAAUAAAAGUUACAACUGCUCAAAGAUCUUCAGAACAUGCCAUGCCAACUACGUCAGAAUUAAAACUGGACUCUACAUUUAAUCCCCAACGUACGACUACAUUGCAACAGUUGCAGUCCACAAAACCGAUAACUUCUACACACAUUCCUUUACAAACUUCAACCCAAGUAACUCCUGCGUAUAAGACUUCUACAUCACAUUUACGAAGCCCGAACCAAACUACUACUCUACCCCAAGCAAAGGAGACAACAAGCCGUGACAAAGGAACUUCAAAGAUCUUCACUACCACAAGCACUACAAUCAAAACUGAUGAUUCUACAACUCUCAGAUACCUGACCCACACCCGUAUGGGCAACUCCGCAAGCACUGGUAGUUUGAGCUCUUCUCUAACUGCCCCUACUAGCAGCAUGGUCGACAGUCAACCGUAUCCCAAUGACACUAAGGGAUACAUUAGCAGGAAUGUCACUACUGGGGACGCACCUCAACCUGGUGGGGAUGGAAGCUUGACGUCUGUGUGGCAUUUGGCAGCCAAUACGGUAUUGGUAGCAUUAGCGACUUGUGCUACAAUCACAUUCUGCUGUUGUUGUUCGGUGUUCGCAGCUCUGAGUUGGAGAGGUCGAAGGCGACGAAAGGGCAGGUACAGGACAAAUCUAAGGUGCAAGAGAGGAUCAAUGAGACUUAUUAAAUAUGUAAUUGUAAGAGAAAGCUCAUAAAAAACACCUGAACAAGUUAAGGUUUUCAAG